AUGGUGGCAUCCAGUUAUGCCAACUGGGUGGAGGUGCCAGUAAUUGAUCUCUCAGACGACGAGGAGAUCCAACAGGGAAGCCCCCCAGCAAAGCGGCGUUGUCUCAGUCCGUCGACGAGUGCCAUGCCCAGGCAGGAACCUCAGGGACCAAGGCACUCUUUCCUAAGCAAUCCUCAGUCGGCCCUUCGCCGUCUUGGGACUGCCAUCUUCCCGGAAGCCAACACGGACUUCCUACGGCAUUUGGAGGAUCAGGGAUUUGCUGUGCUGCAGGGCAUCUUGGGAAGCAUGGGCAGCUGCCAGGCUUUCCUGCAUGAGUUCUGGACAGCUAUGAAGGCCGUGGCGCCAAGCAUCGAUCCCGCGCGAGAGAGCACGUGGAAUUUUCCGAAGGGCUUUCGGGGCAUCGUCACAAGUUACGGGCUUCCGCAAGCAGAUUUCGCUUGGUCGAUACGAGCCCACCCGCGGGUUCACACUGCCUUUGCCCGCAUAUUUGGUACGACCGACCUGGUCGUAAGCCUUGAUGCGAUCAUCGCAGAAGCACGACCUGCGAAAACCAAGCUGCAACCCUGGCUUCACAAGGACCAGCAUCCUUCGCAUGCCGGUCUGUCGAUACAAGCCGUCUACACACACUUCGGCAGUGCACCCGGUGAGUCCGGAACCUGCGUAGUUCCGGGGUCACACAGGGUGACGUAUGAUUGGGAAAGGAGCGCCAGGUCUGAUCACGUCCGUGCACCUGAGGACAGCUUCCAGUCUCAGGUGCUGAAGCCGGACGUGCCGCCGGACAGCAUGGUCUUCUUCAACUCACGCCUUGUGCACGCCAGCCAAAGUGGUCCGCAGGCUCCUGCCCAACGUCCCGCAAGGCUGGGCGUCUGCGUGGCUUACGCGCCUCGUGAAAGGCGCUCUGAGGCCACACGGCGCAAGAAGGAGAAAGCAUACCUGGAGGGCAAGUGCAGUUCGCAUUGGCCCUGUGAUCGCUUUUCCUUGAAGCCUCCGCUGAAGCAAUAUCAAAUUCUCAAGGGUGCUGCCUCCUUGCCGCCGCCACCUGCAAGUGGCGAGCGCUUGUCGUUGUUGUGA